GUUUCCAGUCAGCCGCGCGCGGAUUGAGUCAAGUGAACCUACCGAGAGGUGGUGUUGACCGACCGCUGCAGGUUUUCAUUGAGAAACCUGGAAAAUACAACUUCUCAAGGCGACUGACAGCAACGCUACGACCUUACAUUUUUAACGGAAGGGUCAGCGGUGCCGAAAUUGAGGCGAAGUGACCGAGAGAAGAAAGUAAAUCCCGGAGGGAAAGCGCCCGAAGUGAGCUUGAGGAUCAAAGCUAAUGCUAACUCUGCUAGCUAUUGCUAAAUAAUUAUACGGAAACUCGUGUCAUUUUAUUAGUCACCUGCUUUGGGGUCACAUAGUAGAUAGUAAAGGGGUAUUUUUUAAUUUAUAUUACGCAUUUAAUUAUAAAUAUCGAGGUGUUCUGACUUAACAUUUAGGCCACAAGCGACUGGUAUUCCAUUAGCAAGAUUAGCUACAUUAGCCGGUCUUAGUGAGGUUACACCGGCUCUGCUCUGCUUAAGACAGGUGAUAUUGCUAAAGAUAGUUCGCUUUCAAAACCAGGCAUCUGUGUGUAUAAGUUAGGCUUCGCUUGGUACUGUCUAAGCCUUGUGCUUCGCAAUGCUGAAACAACAGCAGCAACCCGGCUCAGGCGGGAGAAAGGCGUCUAACGGAACCUCGGGCCCCGGUGGUAUGUCUUCACCAGUCAGCGGCAUCAACAGCGGCAGCAGGACACCGGCUGGGAGGAAUCGACCCUCUGCAAAACCAUCAUUCCAGUCAUCAUCUGGGUUCGAUGGUGUGUACAACAACGCCAGAAUGCUUCAUUUCCUCACAGCUGUUGUGGGUUCCACCUGUGACAUAAGAGUGAAGAACGGCAGUGUAUUUGAAGGCAUAUUCAAGACGCUCAGUUCUCGGUGUGAGUUGGCUGUGGAUGCUGUACACAAACGCAGUGAGGAAGAGGGCUCAACAUCAGUUCCGCCACGGAGGGAGGACAUCACAGACACGAUGAUCUUCAGCCCCUCAGACUUAGUGACUAUGAUCUGCAGAGAUGUCGAUCUAAACUACGCCACCAGAGACACCUUCACAGACACAGCCAUCAGCUCCAGCCGUGUUAAUGGAGAACACAAGGAGAAAGUUCUGCAAAGAUGGGAGGGAGGAGACAGCAACGGAGAGAGCUAUGAUCUAGAAAACGAUGCAUCUAACGGCUGGGACGCCAAUGAGAUGUUCCGUUAUAAUGAAGUGAAAUAUGGAGUCACGUCAACAUACGAUUCCAGCCUCUCCAUGUACACUGUUCCUCUGGAGAGAGGUAACUCUGAUGUCUAUCGUCAGAGGGAGGCACGUGCCGCUCGCCUGGCCAGUGAGAUCGAGUCUAGCCCCCAGUAUCGUCAUCGUGUUUCUCUGGAAAAUGACGAGUGCAAAACAGAGGAGGACAAGUACAGCGCUGUGGCCAGAGACUCAGGCGAUCGUGAAAGGGGCCGAGAGAGCCCCCGGGACAGAGAGCGGGAAAGGGGCAGAGACAGCCCUGGAGCUGGAAACAGGGAGGGGAAGUACAUUCCAUUACCUCAACGUCAGAGAGAGAUGAACCGCGAGCGAGCUGAGAGAGGUUCUGGUGGCCCUCCAACCCACAACCGUCUGAGCGGAGGUUAUCGCUCCAACCCUCCAUCUUCCUCUUCUCCUAGACCCCCACUUCCCUCUGCUACUGGUCCACAGCCUGGCGCCUCUCCCUCAGAGAGGAGCAGCCCUUUGUCCGGCCGUGGAGGAGCAUUCGCUCCACACCAGCCCCAGGGGAGUCCCAGCCCAGGUCCAGGUUCUGGACCCUCAAGCCCAUACACACCUGCCUCACCAGGAGGACUAACAACACCCGCUUCUGCUGCCCCAUCCUCAGCCAGCCCCCCUGCCACACAUGGGCAUACGGUUCCUCAUUCCCAGUCACUUCCACACUCGCUGUCUGAUGCUGGCCGGCCAGUGAACGGAGUUUCUGCCAGAACGUCUCCUAAAGCCCAAAGACCUCCACAGUCCAGCAGAACAGUCCGCACUUCAAACUCACAUUCUCAGUCAACAGCUGCUCGCUCUCCUAAAUCAGGUUCUUCCCAGGACACGCCUUAUUUGGACACAUCGUCCGUCUCCCUGCCUGCCCAGAAAACGUCUGGACCCGCCCCUCUUUUCCCUGUCGAUGUGAAUGAAAUCCUUGGUGCAGCUGCAAAAGAGCGCUCAGCUGAGAGCCCCAGCAGCACAGAGGAAGGAAAGGGUAGUAAAGCUCCCUCUGUUCAGCAAAGGUCGCAGCUUGAGGAGCUGCGGAAAUUUGGCAAGGAAUUCAGGCUCCAGGCAAGUGGAGGCAGCUCCAGCUCCCCCAGCUCCCCGGCAGCAGCCACACCUCCCGCUAUCAGCGAGGUCGCCCAAACAGCUGCCACCAAAUCCUCGCCAUCAGACCCUCACCCUGCUUCAGAGCCCAAAGCUCAGCCUGCAGCUCCCAGUCCUUCUCAGCCCCAACAGCAGCCGUCACCUCCGCCUGCUGACGACCCCGCCAAGGACACAGCAGCGACACCUGCCACCACAUCAACCGCUUCAGACCGGCAUUCACCAGCCACCCCGCAGCCAGCGAGGACCCCAGGGAGUGACGAGGUCAGACCUGAGACAGCAGAGAGGACGGAGGGAGUUGCAGAGCAAGUGAAGAAAUCAACGUUAAAUCCAAAUGCAAAAGAGUUCAACCCCAUCAAAACUCAGAUGCCAAUGACGAAGCCCAACACUGCACCCACUCCACCUCGACCCACCCCUCCAAGCCCGGUGGUCCUUCAGCACCCAGGUGGACAAGGACCCCUCUACAAUACCCCGUAUCUCUCCUACGUAUCACAGAUCCACCCUGUGCAGCCUCCACCAAUGUACCAGUACACCAUGUCCACAGUCAGUCAGGGAAAAUACCCCAGAACAAAAGGCUCGGUUGUGGCUCCACGCUCUGACCAUGGUACGUCAGCUCCCCCCAUGUUACAGGCUGCAGCGUCGGCAGCUGGGGCCCCUCUAGUAGCUUCCCCCUACACGCAGUCCUACCUCCAGUACAACCCACAGCAGUACGGCCAGCAGCAGGUCAUUCAGACAAUGGCACCAUACCCCGGACAGAUGUAUUCGAUGCUGCAGGGUGGAGCCAGGAUGAUAGGUCAAGGUGGAGGUCCCCACCCACAAGCCCUGGGUCCUCCAGGUGGCCCCCAGUUCUCUGCACAGGGAGAUGGACCUCAGGGACCACAGCAAGGCAUCUAUGCGCCACAGUCCUUCUCCCACCACUCGGGUGCAGUGCACCAGCCCCAGCCCUCUAGUACCCCCACGGGCAACCAGCCCCCUCCCCAGCAUGCUGCACCUAGCCCUGGACAGAAUGCCCAGUCGGGCCCACAGCCCCAGUCCUUGUACCACUCAGGCCCCCUGUCAGCACCCACCCCACCCAACAUGCCGCCAGGCCACACGUCUCCACAGGGCUCUUAUCCCAUCCAGGGUUACAGCAUCCACAGCCACCAGGGCAUCCCACCGACGUAUCCUCUAGGACAGAUUGCACAGGCCCAUGUACAAGGAGCCAUGUCAGGUCCCCACCACUCUGGGAGUCACGGUCAGCCCCAGUUAGUUAUGUUACAGCCGCCUCCUCAGCAGGGUCCUGGCUCUGUGCCCCAACACCCUCAGCACGGACCUCAGCAAGGAGCACACCAACACUUUUACAUAGGGCAUCCACAAGCAAUGCAGGUACAGACGCACCCUGCUCAGUUUCACCCGCCUGGAAACUAAACCCCACCUGCCCUUUUUUCCUCCUUACAUCCUAAACUGUUUCCAGGAAUGAGCCCCAACAUCCCUGCUGGAGUUGAGGCCCAGACUGAAAAAGAAAUAAAAAAACACAAACUGACCCUUUCGUAACCAGGAGAGAAGAGGACAAAAGUCUCACAGCACCUUAUCCUCCUGCUCUUCAUUCACUGUCGGCCCUGGAGGAGGAGGGAGGACCUUUUUAAUGCUAAUAAUGAAGACGGCAGAGGACAGCGGCAGAGUCCGACCACUGCGGCUGCCAUCUUGCUCCUCUCUCCACUUCAUUCCCGUUUCAGAGACAUGAGGCACCCUGCUGGGCGGACCAGUCAGAGGGGAAAAAUAAAAAACAGCAGAGGACACUUAAACUUCAGUGGCUUUUGCCUUGUGUGGUUUGGAAAGUACCAUGACACAAGUGGGAAACGCAGACUGUAAGCAGGGAUUGAAGAGGAGGGGAUUUUUAGCAAGCAAUUUUUUAACUCAGUACAGUAGUUAAAACCACCCCUUUGCCCUUCUUCUCUCCUGUAGGAAAAUAUCAUUAAUAAAAAAAAUGGACAAGACAAAAAAAAAUAUUAAAACGACAAUGACCAAAAAAUAAAGUUUUCAACUCAACUACAAA